CUCCUUUCAGCGAGCAGAACGAACGCCAGACAGAUGGGCUCUUGCCUGCAGCAGCUUCACCCUUAUCCACAGCCGCUCUCUCUUCCUCCCUCCAAUCCCACCACUCGAUGGGAUGCCUGCUACCGCCGCCGCCGUCACCGCCAUUUCCUCCGGUGCGUGGGCGUUUCUUCGGCCACCUUGCAGGAACAGCUCCUCGUGCCAUCCGAUCAAAGAACCUCUCACAAGACGGACCCGCGCGGCCUGCUCGACGUAAUGCCAGAGGGGAGCGGCGCGGACCUGUUCGGCGGAAUGCCUCGGACGAGCGGCAAUGGCGCGAGCGAACGUGCCCAGCCUGGGGAAGCGCGCAGGAGCGGCGGCGGCGGCGAGAAGAGCGCGAGCUCGGCGAUCGUGGCGCUGGCUCAUGCCAGCAGGCACGCGGAGGUCAUCGAUCUCUUCUGCAGGAUGCACAAGGACGGAGUCCCGGUCAGCAAGUUCGUGCUCCCGAGCGUUCUCAAAGCCUGCCCGCGCCUCCAGGACAGCAGGAUGCUCCGGGCCGUGCAUGUCCUCGUCAUCAAGUGUGCCUUGUGCCACCAUGUCAUCGUGGGCACUGCUUUGGUAGGUGCAUAUGUCGAUUUUGGAUUGAUGGAUGAUGCGUGGAAGGCAUUCGAUGAGAUAGAGGAGGCCAAUAUGGUUUCUUGGAGUGUGAUCAUUGGUGGCUAUGUCCGGUAUUGUCGGUGGGGUGAAGCCUGGGAUGCUUUCUCUGCCAUGCGGCGUGCUGGGGUACUUCCAACUGAUUCAGUUCUUGUAAUGGCGAUUCAGGCCUGCGGUGCAUUGUUGUGCCUGGACCGUGGGAAGCAGCUGCAUGCGUUGGCAGUUGCCCUUGGAUUUGUAAGGAAUACCACUGUGUGGAACUGCCUCAUCGACAUGUAUGGGAAGUGCGGGGACAUGGAUAGUUGCACUGUAGUUUUUGAGACGAUGAUAGACAGAGAUCAAGUGAGUUGGAAUACCAUCAUCUCGAGUUAUGUCCGUCUUGGUCUCUGUGAAGAGGCACUUGACAUUGUUCUCGAAAUGCAGCAAUCUGGCUUCACUGUCGAUCGUUUCACCCUUGGCAGUGGAGUCGCAGCUUGUGCCCAUUUGGCUGACAUUGACAGUGGCCGUGCGUUCCAUGGUUAUUUGAUUAGAAGAGCAUUAGAUACUGAUGCUAUUCGGGGCAGCGCACUUGUUGACAUGUAUGGUAAAUGUGGCUUGAUGCAACUUGCUCGAUUGGUAUUUGACAGAAUGGAUGAGAGGAAUUAUGUAGCAUGGGAUGCACUCUUGUCUGGCUACGUUGAAGAUGGGCAAGUUGAUUUGGUACUUGAUAUUCUCCGCCGUAUGGAGUCAGCGAACAUAAAGCCUAACCAGCAUACCUUUGUGAAUCUUCUUAAGCUCUGUGGAAAUAGAAGGUUUGCGGAGUACGGAAGGCAGAUUCAUGCCCAUGCCAUUAAGGUCAUACAUGAGAUGAAUGUGGUUUUGGAAACUGAGCUUAUCGACAUGUAUGCAAAGUGUGGCUGCAUUGAGGUUGCCCGGUUACUGUUCCUCAGGAUGAACGAGAGGAACCUGAUAUCCUGGAAUGCUCUCCUCUCAGGUUAUGUAGGGGAUGGACAACCAGUUGCCUCGAUAAACAUUUACCGUCAGAUGGAGCUGGCGUGCAUUAGGCCUGACCAAUACACUUUGGCAGGGCUUUUAAGCCUUUGUCGGUACCAAGGGCUUUUGAGUUACGGAAGGCAGAUACAUGCUCAUCUCAUUAAGAUAGGUUCUGAAACAAAUGUGGUACUGCAAACUUUACUUGUUCAUAUGUAUGUCAGGUGUAGACAAUGGCGAGACGCUGAAAAUGUCUGCACAAUGAUCCAAGAGAGGAAUUUGUAUGUGCAUGAUGCAUUCUCAAAGGUCUAUGGUUAUGGCUACUAUAUGUGAAGAGAAGAAAAAUUGAGGCCUCAGAUGGCGCAACCUCUGCUUAGCUACAAGUCACUUGAAGUCAAUGCUAUCAAUAACCAAAAUGUAACAGAUAUGCAUUUGGCUGAGAAGGUUCCCUACGGUGAGUCUAAUAUGGAAAUAAUAGUGUGGCUGUCAGAGGCUGUUGCAAAGAAUGCUGUAACUGUACGGAGAAUUGACAAAGUAUCAGAGCUAAGGAGAACUUUCAGUGAUAUCAACCACAAUGUUCAAGCACGGCUCAAUGAAAACGCCAUGACCAACAAAAGAGUGACAGAGAUUGCCAGCCAGCUCCAGAGCAUCAUCGGCAUGUGUGUCAUCGAGGUCCUCUCCUACCACUCCUCCGAUGAGGUCUACCUCUGGCAGCGCGACACACCGCAGUGGACAUCGGAUGAGAGGGCCAAGCAGGCGUUCCAGCAGUUCAGCGAGAAGCUGAUCAGGAUCGAAGGGAUGAUCAUGAGCAUGAACCGGGAUACCGCCCAUUGCAAGAACUGGAAUGGUCCGGCGGAAUUCCCCUAAUGCUGCUCUACCCCCAACACCUCCAACGGUGAUGCCACCGGGAUAACGGCCAGGGGCAUCCCCAACAGCAUCUCCAUCUGAUCGAUCAACUUUAUGGCCGGUAUUCAUUCUUGUUUGUGUGUUCCUCUAUUUUCCCACUGCAAAUAAGCAACGUUUGCAUGUUCAUGUGGCCAUAAACGUACGUUGAGGCCGAUCAAGGAGUGUUUCUUUUCCUGCUCAAGUGUGGUUUUGGACACAUCCAAAGUCCGUGGGAUAGCACGGACACAAGGGAUUGUGGUUUUCUUUAUAAUAAUCGGCAAGUUUGCUUAGCUGUAUGUGUUGAAUAAAAUGACAGAAAAGGCGCAAGGUUAAAGCGUCAGAAAACACCGCCAUUAUUUGCGUACCUGUGUUCUAGGUACCAUGUUUGUGUGUGAGUAUACAAGUGUCCACGACCGAAGCUCAGGCAAGAGUUUUCCAUUUGCUGAAUUGUCUUGUACCAAACAGUUUAUGAUGUCUCCAUUAGAAAAUUUGUCUGGGCAAAUUAAAAGGUCAUACAAACGGGAGAAUGGCAGAAUUUCAGGCAGGCCAGAUUCUCAGGAAGAAGCUGGAACGCAAGCAAAGGUGAUUGAAAAAAGGUGAGGACAAUCUUCAAUUCUCCAGUCAGAAAUGCAGCGUCAAAUACUCAAAGCUGCAUCUAUGAUUUCUCUUGUAUCUUAUUACUAUUACAUCUAGGCAUCUAUAGCAAUGCACAGGCAUGGAACAAGACUUGUUUUGAACAUGUCUUGGUUUGAUCCCUUUGGAUAUCGUUUGCUAGGCUGUGUCCUUUUUGUUGAAGUAUUGGGCAGGUCUUCAAAAGGAGGUUGAUCAAGCUUGCCUCAAGAUGGGUGCAGAGUGCCUGAUGGAUGCGGCGCUGCAACUGAUGCCAGGUGACCCAGGGACGAUUGAGGAUGCUGCUGUCCUGAUGGUCGUACCAGUCUUUGAGCCGGAUGCCUGAGAUGUUUGUUUUCGGAUAGUUGGUUUUGUAAUCCCUUUAAGGUGCACCAUGUUUGUGGGUGCCUAGCUUGGUUUCCUAGGUUUAUAAAAACUGAAUAUGGUUGACAGAUGGGGAAUCACAAAGCUCCUCGCUAGCUGCUUUGAUCUAGGAUGUACAUGCAUACAGGGUUUUGAGUAUGGAGUUAUGUCA